GUUCAUAAACCACUAAGCGUUUCUCUGAAUUUUAGCGUCAGUUUAUUAAUCAAAAAAAAGUUCAGUGUUUGUUUUGUAAAGUAUUAUCGAAUAUAGAUUGUAUACAUUCCUACAAAACAAAAUGGAUACAGAAGAAGCUGAGUCGUCGAGCAGCGGUCCUAUGUCUUCAUUGAAUUCGUUAUUUUCGUUUACAUCACCAGCAGUGAAAAAAUUAUUAGGUUGGAAACAAGGAGACGAAGAAGAGAAAUGGGCAGAAAAAGCUGUAGACAGUCUUGUUAAAAAAUUGAAAAAAAGAAAAGGAGCCAUAGAAGAAUUAGAGCGUGCUUUAUCGUGUCCAGGUACACCAAGUAAAUGUGUGACAAUUCCAAGAUCAUUAGAUGGUCGUUUGCAAGUAUCACAUCGUAAAGGAUUGCCACAUGUGAUUUAUUGUCGUGUAUGGAGAUGGCCAGAUUUACAAAGUCACCAUGAACUUAAACCAUUGGAAAUGUGCCAAUUUCCAUUCUCAGCUAAACAGAAGGAAGUUUGUAUAAAUCCGUAUCAUUACAAGAGAGUAGAAAGUCCAGUGCUACCACCAGUAUUGGUACCACGUCAUUCUGAAUUUGCACCAGGACAUUCAAUGCUACCAUUCCAGCAGAUUGUUGAACCAAAUAUGCCACAUAAUGUUAGUUAUUCAUCAACUGGAUUCAAUUCAAAUCAUCAGCUAAGUCCAAAUUCUCCAAUCUCAUCAGUUUCAAGUCCAAGUUCAGUUAGUUCAAAUCCACAAAGUCCAUAUUCUGGACUUGCUGAAACACCACCGCCUGCAUAUAGUCCACCAGAGGAUGGAAGUCAGACAUCAAAUAAUAAUCCAGAUUCUGGUAUGGAUACAGGAAUGGGUGAAGUAGCACCAGUCAGCUACCAAGAACCACCAUAUUGGGCAAGUAUCGCAUAUUAUGAAUUAAAUUGUCGUGUUGGUGAAGUAUUCCAUUGUAAUUCGCAUUCAGUAAUUGUGGAUGGUUUCACAAAUCCUAGCAACAAUUCAGAUCGUUUUUGUCUUGGACAAUUAAGUAAUGUAAAUAGAAAUUCAACAAUUGAGAAUACAAGACGACAUAUUGGUAAAGGUGUUCAUCUUUAUUACGUUGGUGGUGAAGUUUACGCAGAAUGUCUAUCAGAUUCCGCUAUAUUUGUACAAUCACGUAAUUGUAAUCAUCAUCAUGGCUUUCAUCAUUCAACCGUAUGUAAAAUUCCACCAGGAUGUUCGUUAAAAAUCUUUAACAAUCAAGAAUUCGCCCAAUUAUUAUCACAAUCAGUGAAUCAUGGUUUCGAAGCUGUUUACGAACUAACUAAAAUGUGUACAAUCCGUAUGAGUUUCGUGAAAGGUUGGGGCGCUGAGUAUCAUCGUCAAGAUGUAACAAGUACACCAUGUUGGAUUGAAAUACACUUGCAUGGACCGUUACAAUGGUUAGAUAAAGUAUUAACACAGAUGGGUUCACCACAUAAUGCAAUUAGUUCAGUGUCAUGAAGUGAUCCACGUCUCGAUAUGUAUUUCUCUAAAUGUGGUGGUCGUCUCCAUUUUUAAUGAAAUGCUUUUUUAAAACUAAACCAAAAUUACU